CUUGAGGAUCCUGGAAAGGAUAUGCACAAGGAAGGUAAAUACCUAAUGCUGGCGGUUCAGCAACUGGUUUCAGGGGAUCAAUGUGAAGGACGAUUCGUGUUUGGCCGAGAGAGCAAGAAGCCCAAGGAGUCCAGUAACAAUGACAAGUUUACAAGGGAUGGAACAAACCCCAAAAGCUUAUUGCAAACUCUUCUAAUGAGAGCAGGCCACCACCCUCCGAAGUAUAAAACAAAACAUCUCAAGACAAAUGAAUUCAGGGCACUUGUAGAGUUCAAGGGAAUGCAGUUUGUGGGUAAACCAAAGAGAAACAAAGCUCUUGCUGAGAAAGAUGCUGCAAUUGAGGCACUGGCGUGGUUAACUCAAACUAAAGAUAAUAAUGGUGAAGACAAUAGUUCCCUUCCAGAUGUUACUGACAACAUGCUGAAACUUCUUCUUAGUAAGCGCCGGGCAUCAAAAAGACGCUCAAGAUGACAUGUUUUUGGGUACCGACUGACUAAUGUACUCCGUUGCAAUGUGCCUUGGGAUUUCCACUGAUUGGUAUUAUGCUUCGUCUGUGACCGGUAUGGCAGGCCAAUUGAUAUCUGUGAUGCUCAGAAUGACAUGUUAAAUCGUACUAGGACAUUAUUUUACAGUUGUUAGUUUUUUUUUGCAGGCUGCCAGUGUGAUGUUUAAAACUGAAAUUGAACAUCCUGUAAGAGGAACACUAGUUGGUUUUAUGCUUAGAUUAUAUAAUGAAAGAGGAUUCCAGCA